UUAGCGGGGAGUUCGUUUUCCCUGUCCUGCUGGGGUUCGCGGGAAAGAAACACAUUCAUUUCUGCAUUCAUGAAAGAAAGGGGGACGUUUGUAGCUCGCAACUGGAUUUAAAGAAAAACAUUUUUUUGUGAAAGUAAAUUGAAUCUGAAUAUUCUUGCAAUAAUGCUUUUCCGGUCUAUAAUUGAUAGGCAGACUACGAACAGAAGGCGCCAUGACCUGUGGCCGAAGCACCCGCUGUCCUCCCUGCUGGACGGAUUCCGGUGCGCCAGACAAGAUGAGCACACAUCGUACGGAAACCUGGACAUCGCAGUGCCGCCUUUUGGCUGUGCCUUUUCAACAGCCCAGGAACUGCAGACUCUGUUGGCUGUUGCUAAUGAGGAGGGAAUCGUCCGACUGUACGACACAGAAUCCCACAGGAAGCCCAUUCUGACAGAGUGGGUUGCCCAUGACAACGCCAUCUUUGAUCUGUCCUGGGUGCCAGGGGAGGCCAGACUGGUGACCGCUUCGGGGGACAAGACUGCUGCACUCUGGGAGGUGGAGUCGAGGGAGCUGCUGGGAACCUUUAAGGGCCACGUGUGCAGCCUGAAAUCUGUGGCCUUCGUCCCGCACCAGACAGCUGUGUUCUGCACGGGGGGGAGAGACGGGAACAUCAUGCUGUGGGACACCAGGUGCACCAAGAAAGACGGGUUUUACAGACAGGUGAAGCAGGUCAGUGGGGCGCACAAUAAGACGGACAGACCGACGCCCUCUAAAGGCAAGAGGAAGAGGCCGCAGCCCAGAGGAAUGGCCCCUAUGGUGGACUUCCAGCAGAGCGUUACCGUGGUUCUUUUCCAGGAUGAACACACCCUGCUCUCCUCCGGAGCUGUUGACGGGACCAUAAAGAUGUGGGACCUGCGUAAAAACUACACCGCUCACAACCAGGACCCCGUAGCCCUGCAGAUGUACCCCUACCCGGGGUCCUGCACGCGGAAACUGGGAUAUUCUGGAAUGGUGCUGGACUCCACCCGCUCCAGCCUUUUCGCCGCCUGCACCGACGACAACAUCUACAUGUUCAACGUGAGCGGGCUGAGGACGAGUCCGGUGUCGGUGUUCAGCGGCUGUCAGAACUCCUCCUUCUACGUGAAGUGCUGCCUGAGCCCUGAUGACCAGUUCCUGGCCAGCGGCUCCAGCGAUCAGCACGCCUACAUCUGGAAGAUUUCACACCCAGAAUGUGCUCCCAUGAUGCUCCAGGGCCACUCUCAGGAGGUGACAUCAGUGGCGUGGUGCCCCACGGAUUUCACCAAGAUCGCCUCCUGCUCGGAUGAUAACACCAUGCGGAUUUGGCGGUUGGACCGGGGGGCCGACGGAAUGAGGUCAUCCAUCGGACAGGCCAAUCUCGUGGGGUGGGCGUGUCCGAGCACCCCAUCGGAAACCAGGAGCCCCGGAGGGCCUGCGGGUACCCCUGAGCACACCCCAGCCAAGAGUCCCAGGACAGAGAGCCUGGGAACGCUCUCGUCCCCAUUGGCUGCGUCGUGCGCCCCCAGCAGUGCUGACCUCCCCUUACCCUCCAGCACCCUGUCGACCCCGCCCCCAGCGGUGGCUAAGCCCCGCCCCACUCCAGCGGGGACCCCGCCCUCCAUCAGGACCUGGCUGGCACGUGCCCCAGGGUCCCCCAAUCUGCUGGCCACACCCCCCCUCAGGAAGCCGCUCAGCCCCUGCCCCCAGAGCCCCGCCCUGACUCCGCCCACCCCCGGCGAGAGGCGGGCCAAGCGGCGGCUGGAGACGGGCGAGGGCGGGGCCGGGGGGUGCGUGGGGGAGGGGCCGUGCGGCUGCGUGGUUGAGCUGUGUCCCGCCCCCAAGAAGAGGCGGGGCCUGGUCAUGUGCUGCCACGGCCCUGACUCAGAUGGGCGGGGCCCGGAAAAGGAGGAGGGUGUGGCUGAACGGGCGGAGCGAAGGCCUGGUCCGUCCAAACAGGUGGACAAGGAGAACAGGGGCUCCGUGGGCUCUGAUUGGCUGUCGGCCAUCGGCCAGCGGCUGAAGCAAGGGCGGCGCACUCCCAGGACUCCCACCAGGAGCCCCAGCGCCACCAAGAGGCCGGAGGCCAGAACUCCUGCUUCACCGACGAUGCGCUCCCCUCUCUCCAUAAAGAAGAUCUCCUCCUACUUCCACCGGGCAACUCCAGAGUGAUGACUGGCCUUUACCGCUAACAGGCGGUAACCCUAAUUGGACGGAUUGGGCCCAUGUGACUCAGUCAGGGAGUGCUGAUUGGGUGUGUGCAGCAGCUUUCCUGUUCGCUUUGGACUGGAAGGCAGGAAGAAGCCGCCUAAUUCACUGCCUUACCCCCCCUCAGCUGGAGAGUGGGGCCACUGAUGGAGUCCAGGGUUUGUUUAAAUUUGAAUUUCAGUGUUUGUACUUCUUAUUGGUAUUUUUUAAUGUUUGGAAUACUUUUAAAUCUUGGGGAUCCAUGUCAUUUUUGACUAUGGUAAUAUCUUUUAAAAUAGAAACGAAAGCCAUUCCAAACGGACUUAGGGGAAGACUGCAGCCACUGCGCAGUUAAACGCAGCUGUCUGCAGAGAAACGCCGAAUCUUAAAACAGAUGUGCCUGUGGCCUAGAGGGUGGGUACGGGUCCAAUGCCCCUUUAAUGCCAGGGAUGUGAGUGGUCAUGUACGGGCAACAUGUGCCCCGUCCACAGUACAGGACCUCAAGCCAAAAAUAACGACCUGACCCCCCCCUCCAUGUUGCCAAAGAGAUAAACUUUUGAAAGUGCUCCUAUGCAGAAGCUUUCUCCCCCACCGUGGAAGUCUGGUCCUGUGGGAAUGUGCUCUAAAUGAGCUGGAGGAGAGUUUGGGGCCUGAUGAUAAGAUAAGUGUUUGUGCGUUUGCCCCUCUGCAUUGCAGGGGUUUCAGAAGGCUUUGGGACAGGGGUUAGGGAGGUGCUCUAUCAGUAUUAGUCUGUACAGACUACAGCGUCAAAUGUGAAUGGUUAAAAUUAAUUUCUGGGAAUACGUUUCGAAGUUGCCCUACCUGUUCAUAUGCUUUUAAAAAAAAUAUAUGUAUGUAUACUUUUUGUAUAUAUGUACAUAAUGACUCCGUUUUUUGUAAAUACACUGUCAACAACAUUUUCUGUGCAACUGAAUUUGUCCAAUGCAAGCAGAAAGAUUAAAUUUGGUUCUUUUGGAGGAA